AUGACUGGCCCCCGGCGUGCCGCUGCCUUCCGCUGCCGGUUCUGCGAGGCCGUAUUUGCUCGUCAGGAGCACCUUGCCCGUCACGUCCGGGCCCACACGCGCGAGAAGCCGUACCGGUGUCCGCAGUGCCCAAAGUCCUUCUCCCGGCAGGAUGUUCUGAAUCGACACAUUCAGGCCCACCGGCAUCCGCCACGGGCGGCGGCUAGCUCGUCUGCCCGUGCAUGUACCGAGUGCGCGGCCUCUCGCGUGCGAUGCUCCAAGGACCUCCCCUGUCAACGAUGCCGUGAUCGAGGCCUGGAAGCGCUGUGCAUGUAUCCGGCCACGAGCAGAUCGACACAUGCCGAAUCGGCACACUCGCCCGCUCAGACCAGCCUUGCAGACAGCAUACAGCAACAGCAGGACAAUGUGACGCCCGAGAAUGUCACACUGCAGACGAGACCGGAACCUGUCGAGGCUUCUGCUUACUCUGGCCAGGAUGCGGUGCAGCAGCAGAUACCCCUGGCCGGGCAGGUUGGCUUUCCAUAUGCAGCAGCGCCGUCACAACCACAGCCUGCUGCCUCCCAGGGUCUGCCUUGGACGCAGGAAACAGGCUACGCCAACACGAACGGACUCCUGCGACCCAUUGCGGACAGCUACAACAGUGCCACUGACUACCAGCCGUUGAGAGACAUCAAUGAUGGUGUAGGCUCGUCAGUCAACUGGCUGUCACCCCAGUUCCAGGAUGGCAUCUCGUGGAACAACAUGAUGGUGCCGUUUCAGGACGGCAGCUGCAACUUUGCCAGUGACGUCUGGACAUUUCCGCCAGGCAGUGCCACUGCGACACAACCCGUUCCCUGGCCAGUUGCCGUGUCGCCAGUGGCUUUCGUGCCUGUGACACCUUCCACACCACAGGUUGACAUUUCGCCAUCGAGCCACACACGCACGCCCAGCCACAGCACAGCAAGUGCCAAGACGAGAGACGGGGCUUUGUAUGUCGAUGGCGCUGAAGGUCGCCAGCCGUUUGGCGGCAGGCUUCAGAAACAGCGUCGACUGUCCGGCGAGACGUCCGUGACUUAUGGCGAAACUGCCACUAGCACAGGCGCGCUGCAUCCGAGUGACAAUCGCGUCCUGGUUUCUGACGCUGCUUAUGACGCCAUGCGCCACCGAGUCCUUCAGCACGCACAGAACUCGGUUGAUGUCCUCGAUAUAGCCGCACUGCCGACCCUCGACGUAAUCAGGCGUUUCGUGGACCUGUAUUUUGACAAGUUCCAUCCGACGUACCCGUUCUUGAGGAAGAACUCGUCGUGCUUUGUGCCUCCUCGUGGCUGGCUCUUGCUUCUGGCUGUGGCAGCGAUAGGUGCUAGCUACGCGGAAGAGGCACCAGCGCAAAAGGCACUGGAGACUGUGCUAGAUGCAAUCGUCUCCAGCAACACGAUAGACAUUGACAUUGACGACAGAAACAGGUCUCGAGAAGACAUAUUGCUGGAACUACAGGCCAGUCUCCUCUACCUGAUUGCACAUGCCCACGGCGGCGACAGCAAAGCUCAAAGACGACGGGUGAUAGGAUGUCGACAUCGUCUCAAUGAGCAGUGCCGCACCAUGGGCCUCUUGUCUACUGAGUUGCCCAACAUCGACGGGUCGCAACCGCAUAUGGAAACAUGGGUCGCCGCUCAGUCGGCGUUGCGCACGGGAUUCAUGUUCUGGCUGGUUGAUUCUAUGCUAGCCGCUGAAUUCGACUGCCGCCCCUCGUUCCGUCUAUAUGAUGCCCAAAGCCCACUACCAUGUUUGGAGGAGCAAUGGGAAAGACCAACGAUUGACAGUCUCACAAAUCAAAGCUUGACCACAGUGACGGUGCCCGAGGCCUUGGAGAUUCUUUACAUGGAGAAGCGGCUGCCGCCGAACCUGAGCGAGUUCUCCAAGAUCCUCCUGACCUAUGCCGUGUGCCGCCGGAUGGAUGAGGCCCUCUAUCACCACCGCACAAUGCUGCCAUCCUGGACGCCCAACGCAGCUGCCCAAGCACGCACCGCGUCUCAAAUGCAAGAGUCCACCUGGCCGCCCUCGAACCCGAUGGUCAUGAGGUGGCGCAACAGCUCAUGCGACUGCCUCGAUGUCCUGCACUGGAACGCCAACAUGAUCAGCGCCGGGGCCGGCGGGUUCGAGCAUCCCACGAUCCUGCACCUGCACCUCUCGCGGCUCCUGAUCCUCAGCCCUGUCUGCCACAUCCAGACCGUCGCGGCGGGCAUGACCCAGCAGCAGCAGCGCAGUGACAAGUCGUUCGAUGAUGCGUUUGGAAACAUUCGCCGCUGGGCCAUCAUCGACCAGUUCAAGGCCCGCCUGUCCAUCAUCCACGCUGGCGCGGUCCUGUGGCACGUCCGGCGGUACAGCACGGGCGGUUUCAUCGAGCCGUUCGCCGUCUAUCUCGCUGUUCUCGUCGUGUGGUCAUACAGCAUCUCGACGCUGUCUUUCACGCAGCAGAUGGGCAACACUCUCCGUGUUCAGCAGGAUGCAGCGGAUGAUCGAUCCUCGGGCCAGGCACAGGGCAGUCCUCCACAAGAAGCAAAUCCGACGAAUGGUGACGAAGGCGGCGGCGACGAUGGCGAUGAUGGAGAGAACGAAGACUCGGACCUGGACCCAACCUUUAUCCACCUCGACCGCCCCUGCGACGACGAGAUUGUGCAGGUUUAUGUACGACGAGGGCAGAAGAUGGAGGCCAACAUGGUCCGCGUGGGCGAUAUCUGCAAGCCCGGCGCACCACAGAAGAUCCUCCGGGAAGGGCUGCGGGCGCUCUCGGGGGAUAAAACGUGGACGGCGCGGGAUAUCAGGCGGGAGGGCUCGGCGGCAGCAGCGAGUGGCAUCAGAGGGGGGUUCAUGGACAGGAUUCUGAACCUUGCCCGGGCCACUGGGCCGUGA